AUGGCGCUGCCCGGUGGCGUACUCGUGCGGCUCAGAGCUCUGUGUAAUGUCACCAAAUGUGUUCAUACAGGUUGCAAAACAUCGUCCAACUGGGGCAGUGAGAUGCGGUGGUAUAGGACUAAAGCACCACCCUUUGACGAACACGAGACAUCAGACCUACAGUUCAAACGAGAUACCGUGAGCUCCAACCUCAUUAAAGAGUUCCCUGACCCUAAACGUCUGCUUGGUGACACCAUCAGCCGCUCACUGGGAGCCAGGGACUUGUCCGAGUUAAUCCAGUACAGCUGCACGGAAAAUGGGGGUGUUAAGAAAGCUACUGUCACAGUGCUGUGGCCCAGCAGGAUUGUAGAAGAGGGUGUUGCCAUGAAGAGGAUCGAUGCUGAACGAUUUGCUGCAGCGGCUGCUUGUCUCAAGCUCAGAGAAAUGGGGGUCAUUGGUCCAGAUAAUCAGCCUAUCAGUAGAAGACUUGGCAGGAAGAGAGGAGGGCUGCAAUCACAACUUCGUGAUGACGACGAAAAUGAGCGGCCAGAAAGUGUGUCUAAAAACCAAUGGAUGUCUCCUGUUGAAGACAACUCCACUACUUCUAAGGCUCUUUCCCUGUUUCCCCAACCUAAAUCUCUCCUCUACAGGGUCAUCCAGCUGGCCACUUCGUCCAACAAAAUCAGGGAACUAUUGCAAUUCACAGUUAGAGGGGUGAAGGUAAAGACGUGUGACCUGAUGCUGCUCUGGCCAGAGAAGAUGACCUUCACUGCCACAGCGAGCAGCCGAGCGGCAGCAGAGACUAAAGCUGCAGCUCUUGCCUGCCUGAAACUGAAGGAGCUGGGGCUGCUGGAUGAGAACAACAACCCACUGACUCACGCCAAGUACAACAAAGAGAAGGUGAGGGAGGCUGGAGAACGAGACAGACGCCCCCUCCCCCUAAGAGUCCCAGAAUACCUGGAGGAGGAAAUGAGAGAGUACCUCGCACAGUAUCCGGUGGCAAUGGAAGUUCAGAAACUUUGGGAGGAGGAAGAGAUGAAAGGACAGCAGACAGUAAACCAGGAUGAGGAGGAGGAAGAGGAGGAGUUGACAGACGCCAUCACAGGCCGGCCGUACAGACCUCUGUCUGACCAUGAGGCGCAGCAGCUCAGUGCCCAUCUGCAGCAGCAAUGGGAGACAGCGAAUCCUGGGCUGAGCAUGGAGCUCCCAGUCGAUGCCCACCGUGAGCGUGUGAUCUCGGCGGUGCAGUCGUCCAGGGUGGUUGUGAUCGAUGGUGAAACAGGAUGCGGAAAAACGACACGGAUUCCCCGCUUCCUGUUGGAGGAGAGCGUGAGAGGUGGCGAGGGGGCAGAGUGCAACAUCCUGGUGACCCAGCCCCGCAGGAUCAGCGCCGUGUCCGUGGCCCAUCGUGUUGCCCAUGAGAUGGGUCCAGCUCUAAAAAAAUCUGUGGGAUAUCAGGUGAGACUUGAGAGCCGACCACCAGAGCAUAGCGGAGGAGCCUUGCUCUUCCUCACAGUGGGCGUCCUGCUGAGGAAGCUGCAGUCGAACCCGUCCCUGAAGGGAAUCAGCCAUGUGGUGGUGGAUGAGGUUCACGAGAGGGACAUAAACACGGACCUGCUGCUGGCUCUGCUGCACUCCAGCUUAAAGGAAAACCCCGACCUACGAGUGGUGCUUAUGAGCGCUACCGGGGACAAGCAGAGGCUGUCCGACUACUUUGGCGGCUGCCCCAUAGUUAAAGUGCCCGGAUUCAUGCACCCAGUGAAGGACAGAUACCUGGAGGAUGUGCUGAGAGAGAUUGGACGCCCACCGCAGGUCAAAACAAGUGCGGAAAAAGACGAGCAGGGAGGAAGAGACGAGGUUGCGCCAGAUGUAGAUUUAGUAGCUGAUGUAAUCGAGCACAUUGACAAACAUGGAGAGCCAGGUGCAGUGUUAUGUUUCCUCCCUGGAUGGCAGGACAUCAAGGCUGUUCAAGAGAUACUGGAGAGCAGGCAGCACUUUUCCUCAGGCUCACAGAUGAUCUUGCCGUUGCACUCUAGUUUAUCAGUUGCAGACCAACAGGUUGUGUUCCAGCGCCCGCCAGUGGGCCAGAGAAAGAUAGUCCUCACCACUAAUAUUGCUGAGACCUCCAUCACCAUAGAUGACAUCGUCCAUGUGGUGGAUACCGGAACUCACAAAGAACAAAAGUAUGACCCACGCACCAAGGUCUCCUGUCUGGACACAGUUUGGAUCUCUCAUUCCAAUGUCACUCAAAGAAAAGGGCGAGCAGGGCGAUGUCAGCCAGGACAGUCUUACCACCUGUUCCCACAAAAGCAGAUUGAGUCCAUGACUCCUUUCCCCAUACCAGAGAUCCUGCGCACGCCACUGGAGAGUUUAGUAGUGCAAGCCAAAAUCCACAGUCCCAACUGCAAGGCUGUAGAUUUUUUAUCUCAAGUGUUGGACAGUCCAGGGGAAGAAGCUGUGAGAGAUGCUGUCCGAAAUCUACAAGGAAUUGGAGUCCUGGACAAGACAGAAACCCUGACGCCUUUAGGAGAGCGUGUCGCCUGCAUGUCAUGUGACCCUCGUUUGGGCAAAGUGCUGGUCCUGAGUGCCAUGUUCCGAUGUGUUCUGCCCCUGCUGUCUGUAACUGCCUGCCUGACCAGAGAUCCUUUUCACAACAGCCAGCUGAACAGGCCUCUUGUCACUAAGGCGAAAGCGGCUCUGAGCGCCGCCAGCUACAGCGACUAUAUGGUGUUUGUCAGAGCUGUGUUGGGCUGGAGGAAAGCUCAGUAUGAGGGGGCCAGAGAAAACAGGGACAAACAUCUGGAGAAAUAUUGUCUGUCCAAGUUCAGCCUCCGAUUCAUUAAUGGUCUCAUCUCUCAGUUCAGCGACAACCUGCAUGAUGCCAGGCUGGUGUCUAAUGCAAGUGAUUGCCAGCGUUAUAAUUCUCUCUACAAUGAGCACAGCGACCAAGAGGAGCUACUUAAAGCUGUACUGCUGGCUGGACUCUAUCCCAACCUUAUUCAGGUGAAGAAAGGUAUUGUGACCAAAACAGGGCGCUUUCGCCCAAAUGAUAUAUCUUUGCGCACAGUCACUGGGCCAGUAGUGCUUCAUCGAUCCUCAGUGAACAGAGAUAAAAAAGAGCUCCCUAGUCGCUGGUUGACCUUCUUCAGCGCUGUCAAGUCCGAUGGGAUCGUUUUCAUCAGAGACUCUUCUACAGUCCAUCCACUCGCCCUGCUGCUGCUCACAGACUGUGAUGUCACAGAGACAGUGAUUGGAGAUCGAGUGGAAGUAUCAUUUCCUGGACGCUCUCUGGUGCGCUGUGAGUUGUCACAGAACACCUGGGAGCUGCUGUGGGAGCUUCGCACUUCCAUUCAGACCAUGCUCCACCGCAACCUCAGCAAUCCUGACAGAGCAGUCACCAGCUCCUAUCAAGAUGGGAAGCUCAUCUCCUUACUGGUAGAGCUGCUCAAUAAUACAGACCCAAACCCUUUGGCCCAGAGCCACGACAGUGACAGUGAGGUGGAUUAAUGACAUUAAGCACUUUCUACGUGUGUGUUGGAUCUGCUGGCUGGUACAGAGGAACCAAAGAGGAUGAUGGUAUCUCAUUUGUAUGUUGAUGUUUUCGGUGCUUGAAGUGAUAGUUGGGGAUUUUUUAACUGGAGCUGUAUGAGAUGCUUAUGUAUAGUCAGUGUAUUACAGUCAGUAGCUGGCAGUUGAUGCACUCCUGGUUUGCAGAAACAGACAUGGUGUGCAUGCCACAGGGGUUAAUAUCAAAACAUAUUUUAGCCACUUUAAAAAAAAAGGCCUUUCAAAAAAACAAUAACAGUCUAACUGGAUGCUAUAUUUAAAGUAUUUUCACCGCUUUACCUCGCUGUCACACAGCCUUUUCCUUGGGCACUACAUUUCUCAUCUGCCGCAGGUCAUGUGUUUUGGUCAGAAAGUGCUAUUUGCAGCUGUUAUGUGAUUCGACUUAAACAAAACUUCAUGUUGAAAAGAAUCUCAAUACAGCGUCUACUUAUACUGAUACUGUAUAUUUUAGGUAGACAUUUAAAGUGGCCAAAACACAUUUUUAUAUCAACCCUUUUAUACACAAUGGUAAAGGGUUGAUGCAUGCCCUGUCUGUUUUUGCAAUGCGCAGCCACCAGCAACUGUAUACUAUGCAUAAAUAUCUCAUACAUCCCCACUUCAAAAAUCCCGAAACUAUCACUUUAAUGUGCUGAACUAAACAGGACUCUUGAAGAGCAGAAAUCAACAGUGGACUGCAGUCUGCUUCUGUUAUGUUGAGGUAAAUGAUGAACUGCUAUAUGUGAGGAAUUCCAUCCGUUUGGAUUUUGGACCACGGUUUAUUAUUUAUGGUUAUUUGCUUCCACAAAAGCAGAAGUUGAAUUUUACUUAGAAGAGAAUCAUUGGCCUAAGGCCAUUAAAACAGCCCGCAUGCAAUAAAUGUCAAAUGUAUUGCAAUAAAAAUUCACAUGCCAACGUGAGGAAAA